GGACUAUUUGGCCCAUGCCUGCUGAGGAAGGAUAAACCUGCAGUUUAAAGUGAUUGGUCAACUGUUUUGCGUUUCUAGAAACUGGGAAAUCUAUUAAAAAUAUUUUUUGUGGUUGCAAAGCCACUGGAUAUACAGUCUUAUUUCUGCGGUUCUUUCCUGUUACAGGGUAGACCCCCCCCCCUUUUUUUUUCAUAUUUGUUCCAGGGAAAAAAUAGAACUCCUUCUCUAGAAGGAAGUUAUUCUGAUCUUAAGUGGUUAGAUGCUUUUGACUAAACUCAGGGUUUAAUUCCAUCCUGGGUCAAGUAACUUCUCCCCAAAUGCUUAGUUGGAUUGUGUGCUGUCUGAUGUGGCUGAUUUCUUCUUUAGCUGAGGGCUGUUCAAAACUUCCUCCAGUGGACAAUAGUGUAUUUGUUGGAAAGGAGAUAGAAGGACAGACUCUGGGGAUUUACCUUUGUAUCAAAGGCUACCACUUGGUGGGAAAGCAGUCUUUUGUCUUCAGUUCCUCAGAGGAAUUGGAUGUCUCCCUCCCUGAGUGCCACUUGGGCCACUGUCCCAACCCUGUACUGGAAAAUGGCACAGUCAGUUCUUAUGGGCCUGUGAAUGUAAGUGACAAAAUUAUGUUUAAAUGCAAUGACGGUUACAUCCUCAGGGGAAGCAACUGGAGUCAAUGCCUAGAGAACCACACCUGGGCACCUCCCUUUCCCAUCUGCCAAAGCAGAGACUGUGAACCUCCUGGGAUUCCUGACCAUGGCUAUUUUGAAGGAGAAAAUUUCACCUCAGAAUCUGUUGUUACUUAUUUCUGUGAAAGCGGGUACCACCUAGUGGGCAUACAGAAGCUGCAAUGCAUUGAUGGGAAUUGGAACAGUUCUUAUCCUACCUGUGAGCCCAUUCAAGAAGCCUCCAAACCAGCUGAACAGAUUGCACUUGAGAAAGCAAUUCAUGCCUUCCAGGAGGGAAAGGACCUUUGCAGUGCCACAGAGAACUUUGUGAGAAGCCUAAAGGAAAGUGGACAAACAAUGGAAGAACUGAAAUAUUCCCUGGAGAUAAAGAAAACUAAGCUGAAGGAAUACAUUUUAUCGAAAUAUAAGUAACAGAAUGGUCACAGAAAUGCCCCCAUGAAUAAACUGCUUCUGAAGGUG